AUGAAGACAGUGGUCCUUGUCCUCAUUGUCGCUGCAGAAGUGCUCGCUGGUCCUGAUGGCAAUGAAGACUUCGAAGGAGAUCUUAGUGGUCUCGUUAAUGCAAUACCUCUCCCACCGUACUUGAAGAAUGUCACCGAGGAUGCUCGAAAAGAGUAUUUCGGCACGGUGUUGUCCAUGAAUAAGACAGUAGCGCAGCUGAAGCAGAACGUCCUGGAAUGGGCACAAAAGCAUGGAGUUAGAGGUAAGAUCACUGAGCUCUUAAAGUACUACAAGUUCUGA